AUGGCUUACAGACAAGUAACAGCAGGUAUAGAGAGUCUUUAUGUCCUACGAAGGCUACAGUUGUCUCCACAGUCCAAGACACCAGACGCUGUGCUGGAAUGGACUGGGCUUUAUGCAGACCAUGCUGGUAUAGACAACCUACCAGAGUCCAUAGACAGGUGCAGAAAUUUUAAGAGGAUAUCUACAGCAUUUAACGGGUUAUCUUCUUUACCACAGUCCAUAUCCAACCUGCCACACCUCACAGUGUUGAACCUCAAGUACAAUGCAUUCAGUACAUUCCCCAUAGCACUGUGUGGCUUGAUUAAGCUAGAGGAGCUAUACCUGAAUAACAACCAGCUAUCUGACAUACCAGUGGAUAUCAGCAGGAUGGAGGGGCUUAGAAUAUUUCACCUCUAUAACAAUGCUUUCACUACAUUCCCCAUAGCACUGUGUGGCUUGACUAACCUAGAGGAGGUGGACCUGUCAUACAACCAGCUAUCUGACAUACCAGUGGAAAUCAGCAGGAUGAAAGUGCUUAGAAUAUUAAUCCUCUCUUGCAGUGCCUUCACUUCAUUCCCCAUAGCACUGUGUGGCUUGACUAACCUAGAGGAGCUGUACCUGUCAUACAACCAGCUAUCUGACAUACCAGUGGAUAUCACCAGGAUGAAGGGACUUAGAAUAUUCAACUUCAGUAGCAACGCCUUUACUACAUUCCCCAUAGCACUGUGUGGCUUGACUAACCUAGAGGAGCUGCACCUGGAUAACAACCAGCUAUCUGACAUACCAGUGGAUAUCUCCAGGCUAACUAAAGUUAAGAUACUUAUGCUGUCAUUCAAUAACAUCACCCACCUGCCACCUCAGAUGAGGAAUAUGGAAAGUCUAACAGAACUAGAUAUGGAAAGUAAUCCUCUGGUUCAACCACCUAUAGAUACUGCCAAAAGGGGAGUUGAUGCUAUUAAAAGGUAUUUUGAGGCCUUAACUGACACCAAGGCAAUCCAGUCAAGUAGAAUACAGGUCAACUUUCUUGGUGAAACAGAAGCAGGAAAAACUAGCAUUUCACGUACACUGCAACGAGGAGAGCCAACCCUCACAAAGAUGGCAGACAGGACAAGAGUGGUAGAGCAGGGAACAUGGGAGGCUGAUGAAGAUAUUGGCUUCAAUAUCAAUGACUUUGGCGGACAUGAUGUCUAUAAAAUAGGUCAUCCCAUAUUUAUCUCCACAAGGGGCUUGGUUUUUAUCACUUUCAAUCUGAAUGAAUAUGAUCCAGAAGAGGAGGGUCAUUAUCAGCUGCACAUUGGAGACUGGAUUGACAAGGUGCAACCACAGAGUCCAGGGAUACAAAUAGCUCUCAUUGGAACUCAUCUUGAUGAAGUUGAAACCCCACAUGCAGAAACAAAAUGCUCUGCAAUAACCAGGCAGCUUGAAGACCAUGCAAGUGAAAAGAAAAAAUGGUAUCAAGCACAAAAGGAGACAUGUGAGAACAAAAUAAAAGAAAUACCUGAAGCCCAAGCAUCUCUCCGCCAGGCCUACCAAAGCAAAGCAGCUCAUCUGCAGACCUUGUGUAAUCAAAUGAAACCCAUCUAUGAGCAUAUUUUUAGAGUGAGUUCACAAACCUGUGAAGGAGUUCCAGAGCUGAGAGACUACCUUGUUUCUUUUGCCAGGACAAGUGCUGAAGUUUUGCCAGGAAUGUGGGUGGAAGCAGCCAAGAAUAUCUGCACCAAGAAAAUUGAAGGCCCUGAGAACACACUUGGCUGGGAGGUGAUUGAAGACCUCAUUCUGCAAAAUGCACCUACAUCAUGGAAAGAGAAGAACUCAAAGGAAGAUAAAGAGAAAACAAUUUGUGACAUCUUAAGUUUCUUAACUUACCGUGGAGACAUUAUAUGGUUUGAUAGAAGCCCUUCACUGAUGAAAGUUGUUUUCCACAAGCAAGAGGUUAUUGUGAAUGUUCUCAAGGCAGUCCUCACCCAUGAUCGAGGUGAAGUAUCACAGAAGCUCCAGAGGUCCAUGAAGAUUACAAGAAGGAAAGCACCCAUAAUAGAAGAAGACAUCUUUAGCAGAGGAAUUGUUUCUAAACAAGCUAUGAGCUGCCUAUGUGAGCCUUUCAAAUUGUCAAGCACUGAAGUUGAAGUCAUGACAGAAAUGAUGCUGAAACUGGAGCUGUGCUAUCAAGUCCAGGAAGAUGAAUCCCUUCCAUCCAGUACCUCAUUCCAUUUUCCAUGGCUCCUCACUGAAGAAAGGCACCAAAUGCUAGACACCAAAUGGCCCAGCAAGGUUCCCCCAGACACCACACAACUUACCCUGCAGCUUCUCUUUCCAUACAAAUGUCCAGAUGGCUUAUAUGAGAAAUUUUCUGUCCGUCAGCACAAGCACCUUGGACUAGAGAAGACCAUGCGAAUGGAUUGGAAAGAUGGAGUGUAUGCAGAACUUGAGGGAUGCAAAAUGCAGCUGACAUGGGGACAAAACCAGUCAAUUCCUGAUACAGUCAGCCAAGAUCCAGACUGGGUUAUUAGCAUUGCUGUCCGUGGAUCACGUCUCUCAGACAUGUGGCAUGUUCUCAAGCAAGGUCACAGUGACCUCAUGGACAUCAUUGAAGAGGAAUGGCCUGGGCUGUCAUAUGAGAAGUACCUGGUGUGUCCCCACUGUGUGAGUGAGGACAGUAUGCAGCCAACCCUCUUCCCUGGAGAGAUACUUGACCAAACCAGUGGAACAGCUUCAAAACCAAGAAAGGUGCCAUGUGUCAAUACUGGUGUCUCUAUUCCUGCUGGCCUGGUCUACCCACCACACCUGGUCAUGAGCUGGCAGGAAGUUCUGCAUAAAGAAAAACCAAGCCUUUGUGAAAAAAUCACAGAAUCCUGUCUCAAGGACAUGUUAAAUGAGUUCCUCCAAGAAGGCAUCAUCUCCCUUCGUGAAGCAGAAAUGGUGAGAGCAGAGCCUCCUCAACACCAUGACCAAACCUCAACUACCAGGGUGGUAUGUCCAGAGAAAACUGCUGUCUUCCUGGACAUUCUCAAAACCAGAGGAGAUAAAGCAUUUGAUUUAUUAAAGAAAUGUCUCACUGAAAAUGGACAAAGUGAGCUUGCUUCCCUCCUUAAAUAAACUAAGUGGUCAACAAAA